UCCGUAGUUGCGUCAUUAUAAAUAUACGUCGGAAGUUUAUACGCACAUCUGCGAGAACGAAGAAAACAUGGAGCUCUUUGUGAUUUCCCCUGAUUUGAGAUUUACUAAUGUAACUGUCGCCCCGGGCUCGACUGUCAGUGAUCUAAUCGAUCAUUUUACCACUAAAGAGGGUGUCCCUUUCACAGAUUUCUACGUGAAGAGUAAUGGACGCUUAUUCCACAGUAAUGAUUUGCUUCAGACUGGAGUGGUGUUCCGUGUGGAGCCUCGGUUAUGUGGGGGCAAAGGAGGGUUUGGCUCCAUGUUGAGGGCCCUCGGUGCUCAAAUCGAAAAGACCACCAACCGUGAGGCCUGCAGGGAUCUGAGUGGAAGGAGACUUCGAGAUGUUAAUCACGAGAAAGAAAUGGCAGAGUGGUUGAAAAAGCAGGCGGACCGAGAGGCGGAGAAGGAACAGCGUCGUUUGGAGCGGAUUCAGAGGAAACUGGCCGAACCGAAACAUUAUUUCACAGACACGAAUUAUGAGCAGCAGUGCCAUGACCUCUCCGAGAGACUGGAGGACUCCGUACUGAAAGGCAUGCAGGCUUCUUCUAGUGGGCUUGUGCAGGCAGAUGAGGGGCUGAACCGCAAGCGUCCAACUCCGACGGACAAGCAAAAGAAAGCAAAAAGGAAAUGUUUCUGGACUGGCGUUGGAGAUCUGGAUGAGAUGGGGAGCUCCGGUGAAGGCAGUGAUGACAGUGAUAGCGAGGCCUCUCCCUCCGCCUCUUCCUCUGGAGCUUCCUCUAGUUCAGAUGUUCCCAAACCUGCUUUGCUGCCUUCCACCAGUAGGGGGCAGCACAGUACAGAACCUCAGGACCAGCCCAGCAGCAGCAGCUCCUCCUCAAGUCCUGCACCCUGCUCCCCAACACACAGCCAUGAGAAGGAGGAGGUAGAGAGGGAAAAAGAGAAGGAAUGUACUGCUGAGGUUGUCCAGAGAGGGAGCACCGAAGAAGAAAAAGUACAAAUGCCAAACACAGAAGCAGAGAACUGCCCAGCUGAGAGCAGCCAGACACAAGAAACGGUGGAGGGUCCAUUGGAUUUGCUCUCUGUGAGUGGGGUGGAGCAGUUGGAGUCUCUGGGUCUGGAGCGUCUGAAGAAAGAGCUGAUGGAGCAAGGGAUGAAGUGUGGAGGAACACUACAAGAGCGUGCUGCUCGUCUUUUCUCUGUCAGAGGACUGACUCCAGAUCAGAUUGAUCCUGCGCUCUUAGCCAAACCCAGCAAGGGCAAGAAGAAAUAACUUGCCCUUAUAAUGAUUUUUUUCCACCCAUUUCUGUUCUGCUCCUUUAAAUUUGGCAUAUUGUUUUGUUUUUUAUUUUUUAGAUUUUAAUUACAGAAAAAUCCACAGUUUGGGAAAGAUGCAUGUUCUAGAAUUUAAAUAAUCAAGAUUCAUUGUAACAUCAGAGCUGCUUGAACAGUCAUGUUUUUUUUGGGGGGGGGGGGGGGUUCAAUCUUAAGGCUCAUUUAAGACGUUAUCUCUCUUUUUGUUUUUUGUUUUUCUUUAUAAUUUUGUUAGAAAAACGUGAUGUUACAGUAGCCAACCUUUUUGUAAUAUGUACAAUAAAUUCUUUAUGGUUGCAUAGUCAGUGUAACUGGCUAUUUUGAUUCACACAGUCAUAUACAUACAGGGCGACUUCAUACAGUUUCCUCUCGGAUGUCAAUAAGACACUCAUCAGAUUUUUUGCUGCCGUCCACCAGCUUUGAGACAUUUUUGAUUGAGAAUGUCUUUCUGAUUUUUUAAAAAUGUUUAGCAGAUGUUAAUUAGAUUGCAAUGCUUUCCAGAUUAAACACUCUUAAACAGACAUAUCUGGGUUGUCUGACAGUUGAAACUGUUUUCAUAAUUAUGUAGUUUGAUGGAUGUACAGACAAUACAUUAAGACUAAUAGAUAGUCAGCAACUUAAAGCAGAUCAAAGGUCUUUUGUGGGUUUCUUUACAUUAGAUUUUUUGACAGUUGCCAUUUAAAUUAAGGAACAUUUCGUCCAUGUAAGUGUAUGGGAUUUUUCCAAUUAUUGAUUGUCUGCUGUGUGAAAACCGUACAUCCGAUCAGUUAGAAAAGACAGAUCACGCUAUUCCAGAAUAGUCUGAAUGUCUAUACCAAAUUUGGUGGAUGUAGCUUGAGGGCUCUAGAAGGAGUUGGUGUUAGACAUUUUGGUUUCAGUUUAGGGAUUUUGAAAAUACCCUGAACAAAAUUGGCUCGUCAAGCCAACUUAAUACAUUUUAAACCAUGACAAUGUAUCAGUUCGAUGGCACCCAAAUAAAAAUAUGCAAACUGUUGCAACAAAA